AUGCGACUACCUUUUCAUCUUCCUGAUCAACAAGUCAUAUAUGCUGCAAACGAUGAUAUUGACAAUGUUCUUGAACAACCUUCAGUUGCUGCUUCUAUGUUCACAUCUUGGAUGGAAUGUAAUAAAAUUAAUAAAGAUGCGCGAAAACUUACAUAUGUUGAAUUUCCUACAAAGUUUGUUUGGAAACCUGAUGAUAGGUUGUGGAAGCCAAGGAAAAUUGGACGUUCAAUAGGAAGGAUUCACUCUGUUUCACCUAAACUCGACGAAGUCUACUUCUUACGGAUUCUUUUAAAUAAAGUGAAAGGUCCAAAAUCAUUUGAAGAAAUCCGUACGGUAAAUGGUGAAGAAUUUCCUACUUUUCGAGAUGCAUGUUAUGCUUUGGGCCUCUUAGAUGACGACAGAGAAUACGUCGAUGCAAUUAAGGAAGCAAGUCAUUUAGGAACUGGUUUUUAUCUACGUUUCUUAUUUGCUACGAUGUUAAUGUCUAACAGUUUGGGUAGACUAGAGUUUGUUUGGGAAAAUACAUGGCAACACUUGUCGGAUGGUAUUCUUUACAACCAACAGCGUAGAUUAAAGUCUCUAGGUUUAUCACUUAAUGAGGAUCAACUCAAAAACCUGACUUUGUUCGAGAUCGAACAGAUUUUACUUCAUAACAACACCAGUCUUAAAAAUUAUAAACAAAGGCCUUACCCUGAUUUCGAUACAGUUUCUUCUUCAACAAAUCGAUUUAUCAUGGAGGAGCUAGAGUAUGACAUACCGCUUUUAAAGAAAGAGUUUGAUAGUAUGUUUCAUGCAUUAACAAACGAGCAAAGCAAUAUUUUUCUUGAUAUCAUGACUAUAGUCAAUGAUAAUAAAGGAGGUGUGUUUUUUGUUUAUGGAUAUGGUGGAACAGGCAAAACCUUUCUUUGGAAGACGUUAUCUGCAGCAAUUAGAUGUAAUGGUGAUAUAGUUUUAAAUGUUGCAUCAAGUGGUAUUGCAUCUUUAUUAUUGCCUGGAGGUAGGACAACACACUCUCGGUUUAUAAUCCUGUUGAAUCUUACGGAGUAUUCUGUUUGUAAGAUACCGCCUGAUAGUGAACUCGGCAGAUUAGUAAGAAAAAGCUCAUUGAUUAUCUGGGAUGAAGCACCUAUGGUCCACAAACAUGCAUUUGAAGCUUUAGAUCGAGCUUUGAGAGAUGUAUGUAAGUUUGAUAAGUCUACCAACUCAAAUAUUCCAUUUGGAGGGAAAACGAUUGUUUUUGGAGGAGACUUCAGACAGAUUCUACCUGUUGUUCAAGGAGGUAGCCGACAAAAUAUCGUUAAUGUUUCUUUAAGCUCUUCAUGUAUAUGGCAACAAUGCAAAGUCCAUAGAUUAACAAAAAACAUGAGACUAACUAUUGGAAAGGAUCCAUCUGAUAUUCGAAAAAUACAAAAUUUUGCAAACUAG